UGGCUCAGUUGGGGCCAGGGCGCGGGCGGCUCCGGGACGGCGGGGAGAGCUGCGGCGAGGGGGCGGCGGCGGCGGCGGCGACGACGACAACAUCCGCAGCACCAUCACCAUCACCACCAACUGGGCCGUCCCGUACCACGGAGGCACCGCACCGCCGGGGAUAAGGACAGGGAGGGACAGGGCAGAGACUCGCCCGGCAAGCGCCCGCGGACCCCGGCAGCCGCCGCCGGCCCUGGAACCACCGAGGACGAAGUCUGUUUGGAGCCAAUCCUGUCUAUGUGUGUGUCAUUUUGUCUCUUUUAAUACACUGCCCUGACUUGCUUGCUGCGAAGGGAGUAUGCAUCUGGAGAUCAAAGUUGCUCUUAACUUCAUCAUCUCAUACCUGUACAACAAGCUUCCUCGGAGGCGGGCAGACCUGUUUGGUGAAGAGCUAGAGCGCCUGCUGAAGAAGAAAUAUGAGGGUCACUGGUACCCAGAGAAGCCUCUGAAGGGAUCUGGCUAUCGCUGUGUUCAUAUAGGGGAGACCGUGGAUCCAGUGGUAGAGCUGGCAGCCAAGCGGAGCGGGCUGGCUGUGGAGGAUGUGCGUGCCAAUGUGCCAGAAGAGCUGAGUGUCUGGAUCGAUCCUUUUGAGGUUUCCUACCAGAUCGGUGAGAAGGGCUCUGUUAAGGUCCUCUACCUGGAUGAUAGCGAGGGCUGCAGUGCCAUGGAGCUGGACAAAGAAAUCAAGAGCAGCUUCAACCCUGACGCCCAGGUAUUCGUCCCCAUCGGCAGCCAGGACAACUCGCUGUCCAACUCUCCGUCCCCCUCCUUCGGCCAGUCGCCCAGCCCCACCUUCAUCCCUCGCUCUGCCCAGCCCAUCACUUUCACCACUGCCACCUUUGCUGCCACAAAGUUUGGCUCUACCAAGAUGAAGAAGGGCGGAGGAGCCGGAGGAGGGGGUGGUGCAGCAGGGGCUGGGCAGCAGCCGAGGAUGGUCAGGUCUCCCACCACCAAUCUGCUGAAGCACAAGGGUCUCUCCCUGUCUAUGCACUCUCUGAACUUCGUCGGCAGCGCUGGGAGCCAAGCCCCGCAGUCACAGCUCUCCCCCAACGCCAAGGAGUUCGUUUACAGUGGCGGGUCACCGGGAGCCAGCAGUCUCUUCUUCGAUGGCGUUGCCAGCGAAAGCCAGGCCAGCAGCAUCCCACCGGCAUCACAGUUCAACACCGGCACAGGUGGUACCUUUGAUAUGGCUCAGGUCUUCGGUGGCAGCACCAACAGCCUCUUUUUGGAGAAGUCUCCCUUCGUGGAAGGACUCAGCUACAACCUGAAUGCCAUGCAGUAUCCCAGCCAGUCGUUCCAGCCUGUCGUCCUGGCCAACUGAACACACGGAAGGAGGGUAUUUUGGGGUGGGGAGGGAGGGGGAAACAAGAACUAAACAAACAAACAAACAAGAGGGGGAGAAAAGAAAAAUAGAAAUAUACAGAAAAUAUUCAAAUCUUAUAAAUAUAGCUUCUUGGGAAAAGAGAGAGCCCAGUGUUGUUGUGCUGUGCUGGCAACGCUCCUGAAGCACUGACUUGUUUUUUAACUCAGUCCCUGUGCUUUUUUCCUACUCACUUUUUUACUCCUUAAACGAGUCUUGGGAUUUUUUUGGUUUGUGUUCUCCCUUCCCCCACCACAGCCCAGGACUGGUGCAACCAUAGGUCGCGAUGCUCCUGAUUCCCAGCACCCUUCCCCAGCGCUGGACACAGGGUCCUUCCACCUGGGUGUAGGGUUGUUUUCCUACCACCUUGCCGGAGGAGGGAUGGGGAGAGGAUGAGUCAGUGUCGGUGGAGAUACACACGCUCUUGCUAUGUGCCAGCCAGAAAUGGGUGGGUGGGCUUGCUUUUCUGUUACGGCUCUGCGUGUAGACGGAGAGCAUCUAGUUGCGCCCACAGGCGCAGACCGUUGUGCUGUUGUUGCUCCAGGCUCUCCAUCCUGGGCUGGCGUCAGCUGUUCUGUCUGUGCUGAAAAGCACUAACUCUUCUUCUCGACCGCCCCCCUUGGCACAUAGCAAGGAGGGAAGCAGUACUGUGAAAUGGCUUCUUCCUGCUCCCUGCCUCAGCUGCGCUUCCAGCCGUGGCUGCAGGAGAGCACCACUAUGAAAUGAGUGAUUCUGGUUACCGUCCUCCUCUGGGUGUGAGCAAGGGGCCUUCCUGUGCCCUCUUGGGUCUCUCAGGUCAGUCCAGGUGACCUUGUGCUGUGGAAGCACCCACCUGCUUGUUCCUGUGGCUGGGGGAGGUGGUGCUGAGCCAAACAGCACCGCUUGAAUCCUGCCCCUGCUUCCCAGAGGUUCUUCCCAGCAGCAGGGGCCAACGUCCAGCAGUGGCCGUCUGGGCCCGAGUUCUCAUUCCCUGCUGUGAAUUCCUCUUCUUGCCUCGGAGAGGGAAUUCCUUUCUUAGCUAGAGAGGCAGCACUACUUUUGAGGAAGAGAAAGGACUAUAUUGUUGAAGCUGCUCUCUUGAGUGGUAGUGUUAAGGGUGUGUGCCUUCAGCCAGUCACGCCUAACUAAAUCCCCUCUCCUGCCCUUCUGGAGGAGAUGGCUGAUCUGGUGUGGAAGGGAAGCACCUAAACUCAUCAUUCCAACCAGAUGACGUCAGUGUGGAUGGUGGCAGCAGAGUGGGGACAGGUGCUCUGAAGGUGAGUGGCUGUCCCAGCAUGUAGAUGUACAGAGCUCCCUGCCACAGGGCCAGGAUCUGGGAACACUCCUGCAGCUUUCCCUGGGAUGAUGUGCUGCAGUUGGGCGGUAGUGGCUUUUCAGCUAGGUUGUUUCUGUGUUGGAGACUCCAAAACCCACCUUCAGGGGAAGCUGAAGGAAGGAAGCUUCUUGUCCAGGCAGGGUGGAGGCUUUCUAGUUGGGAAGGAGAUCUCCUUGGAGGCAGUUGUGGGAGUAUGGAAGCGUGUGAAGAGGAGAGAGGUGGAGAUGAUAAAGAGUUCAGUCUUUGAAGUUCUCAUUUUAAAAGAAAAAUAAGCUUUUUUGCUGCCUCGCAAACUUGAGGUUUAGUUUUCUUCUAAUGAUGUCUCUGGAGCACCCUCUGCAACUCACCUCUCCGGUAUCUUUAAAACCAAUGUGUGCUUCCAAGACAUCCCUGUUUCAAGGAAGAUGGGCUUUAACUUAUGCUUUUCCCACUCCCUUUCCCAAAGCCCAGAUGAAGGCACUCCAGCCCUCUUGUAGCUGUGUUGCCAGUGAGCCUUUGCAGAGGUGAGGGGCCGUCCCAGAGAGACGGCCACUGCCCGGAGCUCUUUAAGGAGAGUUGCCAGCACGGCCUUCCCCUUGUUGGGUGACUGGAAGAAGCAGGGUUCCAACCUUGCACCCAGCGUGGGUUCUGGAGCUGGCUGCUGUCAUCAAGCUACAACCAACGCAGCGGGUGAGCAAGGAGAGCGGAGCCCACUGGCUUCCCCCAAACUGGUGCCUGCAGCCUCAACCCUAGGACAAAAUGCUGAGAAAUGGCCGAGCCGUUGGGUUUCCCUUUUUCUUUUUGACACCUUCACUUACAGAUGUUACCACUGCCACCCCAUCCUCCUUCCCAGGAGUGUGGUGCCGACUGCCAGCCCACUUGCCACACUGGACUGAGGGCCACUGGUCCAAUUUGCCCCCCUGUUGUCCCCUGCAUCUGGCAAAGUCACCUGUCCACGGGACAGCAUCCUCUCCUCCACACAAGGAGGGAGGGGAGAGGUGGAGAUGCCCCCCAGCCCCCCGCUUGUGUGUGUGAAGCUUUGAUGCCGCUUUGCCCUGCCACGCGUAUUCUACCUGCUGUACAAAUAGUGGUGCGAGUGGAAGGAGGAAAAGAGGAGGGACCAACCUCUUUGUAUUUUAAAAGGAAAAAAGCGUGCUUCAGAAACGAUCCUCCAGCAUCAGGCAGCAAUGGAAACUAACGGCCUUUUUGGGUCUUUUCUAGUCUUGGAUGUAGGCGUUCAGCUUCAAUUUUA